AUGCGAGGUGAAGCAACGCACGACGAACAGGUUCAAUUGCCUUGCGACGACGAAAUGUCAGAAGCCGACGUCUCCGCUGGUGAGUUCCAGUGCAACAAGUGCAUGCAAAACGCCGAGGGCUCGAAGGCGGCCUUGCCGACAACGGGCCCUUUCACCAUAUAUGCGGAGAUCAAUCCGACAGCAGGAGGCCACCCUGGGGUCAUUGGCUGGGGCAGCUCGGGCGACAAUUUCGUCUCCCUUCGCCUGAUCCCCUGGCAUGGAAAUGGUGGCAUUCACCUGUACUGGAAGGCCAACGGCCAAUUUGUGGAGCUUGCAGUGCAGGCAGACGGAGUCAUCAGCAGUGGCUGGAAGAGCAUCGCUGCAAGCUGGGACAAGAGCACCAUCAAGAUCUACAUGAACGGCAAGCUCAUGGGGAGCAAAGGUUACUCGGGUGCCUUCAAUGCCGUGGACAAGAGCGGCUUUUGCGCCUGCGUGGGCGAACCCGGCCGCACCCAUGAGGCUUUCCAGGGCAAAAUGCGCCACGUGCAAGUCUUGAACAGGGCCUUGGCUGACUCGGCUGUGAAAGACUUGCCUAUGGCUCAUGCCGCCAGUGGUGUUAAAGAAGCAAGCUUGACGCCUCCGUUGGUCUUCAGCCAUGUGAACAAGUUCCAAUGCGGGAAACUAGGUUCCAAGGCAGACUUGCCGACCACAGGACCCUUCACGAUAUUCGCAGAGAUCAACCCCUCGGCAGGUGGACAUCCGGGAGUCAUUGGCUGGGGCAGCCAGGGCGACAAUUUCGUCUCCCUGCGCUUGAUCCCCUGGCGGGGAAAUGGUGGCAUUCACCUUUACUGGAAGGCCAACGGCCACCAGGUGGAGCUUGCAGUGCAGGCAGACGGAGUCAUCAGCAGUGGCUGGAAGAGCAUCGCAGCAAGCUGGGAUAAGAGCACCAUCAAGAUCUACAUGAACGGCAAGCUCAUGGGGAGCAAAGGUUACUCGGGUGCCUUCAAUGCCGUGGACAAGAGUGGCUUUUGCGCCUGCGUGGGCGAACCCGGCCGCACUCAUGAGGCCUUCAAUGGUGAGAUGCGCAAUGUGCAGAUCAUGGACAAAGCGCUAUCCGACACAGAGGUCAAGGCCCUGCCCAUGGCUGAUUCUGGCGGCAGCAGUGCUCCGCAGCUCAAAGCUCCACUGGUGUACAAGCAUGCCAGCAGCUUUCAAUGCAACAAGUGCAUGCAAAAUUCCGAAGGUUCCAAGGCAGACUUGCCGACCACAGGACCCUUCACGAUAUUCGCAGAGGUCAACCCCUCGGCAGGUGGACAUCCGGGAGUCAUUGGCUGGGGCAGCCAGGGCGACAAUUUCGUCUCCCUGCGCUUGAUCCCCUGGCAUGGAAACGGUGGCAUUCACCUGUACUGGAAGGCCAACGGCCAAUUCGUGGAGCUUGCAGUGCAGGCAGACGGAGUCAUCAGCAGCGGCUGGAAGAGCAUCGCCGCAAGCUGGGACAAGAGCACCAUCAAGAUCUACAUGAACGGCAAGCUCAUGGGGAGCAAAGGUUAUUCGGGUGCCUUCAAUGCCGUGGACAAGAGCGGCUUUUGCGCCUGCGUGGGCGAACCCGGCCGCACUCAUGAGGCCUUCAACGGUGAGAUGCGCAAUCUCGAGAUCAUGCACAAGGCCCUGAGUGAUAGUGAGGUGAAGGCGUUGCCUAUGUAG